GGAACCAGAUGAGGAAGAAGUUGCGCUGAACUGUGCAAAACAGGCUUUUUUUUUUUUUACUAUAGGAACGUUUUCUUAACUGUAUAUUUUUUUUGGGUGGGUGGAAUACGAGUGAUUUUGAUGAUGCUUUGAUGAUGAUGCUUUGAUGAAGAAAAUGGAAGUGGAAGAGACGAGGACAUCCCGGUCUCAGCAAAUAGGAGAAAUACCGUCUACCACCAUCUGCGACCAUGCUGGAAAGAAGAGAAAACAAGACUCGACCGCCGAGCCUGUGAUCAGAAUCACAGAGAAUGACGAAAAGGAGGAGGAAGAAGAGGAUGCUGAAAUGUUGCCAGAUCACAUGAUUGACACAGAGGAGCCCUCCAACAAGCGAGUGAAGCCUGUGGUGAAGUCCAACAGCCUAACGGGGGUCAUCACUCCGGUUAAGACCCCUGCACUUAAACGUAUCGGACAGUCAAUUUCGCGAUCUAUCAGUUUUCGCACGGAGGCUCGACCUUUGCCGACGCGCUCGCUACGCUGUCGCGGAAUUGGCUCCUCGUUUCCACGCAGACGCAACAGCCAGUGCUGGAGUGACACGGUGGAGAGCCAUCACCUCACCGCCAAGGAGAUCAAACGUCAAGAGGUUAUCUAUGAGCUAACUGAAGGAGAGCGACAACUCAUUGAAGAUCUCAGUCUUGUUAAGAAGGUGUACUAUGAGCCGAUGCUGAAGCUGGAUAUCAUGACCGAGAGUGAACUCAUGCAGAUUUUUGGCACUCUGGACUCGCUCAUUCCUCUCCAUGAAGAUCUGCUGAGCCGUCUUGAGCGUCUGAGGGGUUCGGAAAAAACUGUGGGCGAGGUAGCCCCCACACUGAUUAACUGGUUCCCUUGCCUGGAGGCCUAUGUCACAUACUGCUGCAACCUUGUGGGUGCCAAAGCCUUGCUGGACCAGAAGAAGCACGAUAAGAGAGUGGAGCAAUUUUUGCGUCUGUGCCAGGAGUCCUCGUUUAGCAGGAAACUGGAUCUGUGGAACUUCCUGGAUCUCCCUCGAAGCCGUUUGGUAAAAUAUCCCCUCUUACUGAAAGAGAUCCAGAAAUGCACACCAGCGGAGCACCCGGAUGAAUUCACAUUACCCGAAGCACUGGAACUCAUCCAGAGCAUCGUGGCAGAGGUGAACAAGAAGACAGGAGAGGCUGAGUGUCAGUUCUACCGACGUGGUCUCACCUACCUUGAAGACGGCCAGAGGCUACCAGAAAUUCAACAGUCUCGUUUCCUGUACUGUCAUGGGGAGCUUAAGAACAACAAAGGACAGCGUGUGCAUGUGUUCCUAUUUGAGCUGGCACUGGUGUUGACCAGACCGGGAGAGGAUAGAGAUGGAGGUCACGUGUUCCACGUCUACAGACGACCUCUGCCAAACACCUCCUUAAACCUGGAGGUGAUCCCGGAUGGAGAAACGGCUGGAGGGGGUUCCUUCAGAGGAGCGUUCACGGGGGGAAAUGAUAAAGUGAAGAACUGUUUCCGUGUGAGCAGCAGGGGGCGCUCCAAGGCCUACUCGUACAGCCUGCAAGCCAACGACUCCUUUAGCAAGCAGCAGUGGGUCACCUGUCUGCGCCAGGCCAUGGUCCAGUCUCGGGACAGGAAGGCCCAGAGCAGACGGUCGCUGGCUCCUCCCCAUUGUGACCCUGUUCUGUGUCACAUAGCCGGCCUCAGCCUCGGUUCUGAUGCGGAGAUGGCAGAUGUCACUCGCCGCUGAACGACGAGGUCCUCUUUUUUUUUUUUUUUGUCCGUUGACACGCAAGGAUGUCACAAAUGGCGGACAUGUUGCGUUGCAUCCUGAAAUAGUAUUAUUGAAUGUAAAUUUAAUAUGACCCCUUUUUUUUUUUUUAAUAAACUGACACUUAAAAGUUUAUCGAAGUAGUCCUAGAAAACGACACAAAGAUACACGGCCUUAGUAGCCAGCAAUAAGUGAGAGUGAGAAAAGAUUAGAGAUGAUUAUCCUCCCUCUUUCUCUCUCUCUUCUUCCCUCCCUCUCUCUCUCUCUCUCCGGCUUUUCUUUCUUUGGACACCACUGACGGGACAGGACACGGAGGUAGACUUUCAUUUCUAGCCGCUACACCCAGUGAAACAGUAGACAGCCCCUCUAUGCAUUUUUAACAGCUCAGCAGGCGAUGGGAAGCGUUAGGUCGACAGGACACUUUGUUCACAGAUAAGCUUGGGCAAAUGAGGUGAGUUCAAACUGCUUUAUUUCGGGCAACCGAUAGCAUGUUAAUAGCAUGCCAUAAUGUUUUAUUCUAAUCUUGAUGCUUAUGAUUCACUGACAUUUCUUUCAGAGUCAUCAACUUUGCAAUAUUUAAUUACGAAAAAAAACCUAUUAUGCUUUUUUAACUUUUCUGACCUAUAAAUGUAUUUAAAAUGUUGUAUUCUGGUGUUAAAUUAUGCCAAAAUUUCAGGUCAUGAGGUUUGAGCAUUUGGAAGUGAAGUAUGAGAUGGCUCAAAACGCUCAUUUCAGAAGGCGUGGUAAAACUUGCCCCUUUGUGAUGUCACACAGGGACGGACUUACUUAUUCAUUCAUUCAUUUUCUACCGCUUUUCCUCACGAGGGUCGCGGGGGGUGCUGGAGCCUAUCCCAGCUGUCUUUGGGGCGAGAGAGGCGGGGUACACCCUGGACUGGUCACCAGCCAAACACAGAGCACAUAUAGACAAACAACCAUUCACACUCACAUUCAUCACAUUCAUAUUCAUAAUUGGACUCGCCAAUUAACCUAGCAUGUUUUUGGAAUGUGGGAGGAAAUCGGAGUACCCGGAGAAAACCCACGCAUGCACGGGGAGAACAUGCAAACUCCACACAGAGAUGGCCGAGGGUGGGGAAAGACAAAAUAAGUAGCCAAAAAGUUACCACUUCCACACAAAAUUGGAGAACUCAUUCAUUCAUUUUUUACCGCUUUUCCCCACAAGGGUCGCGGGGGGUGCUGGAGCCUAUCCCAGCUGUCUUUGGUCGCCAGCCAAACACAGAGCACAUAUAGACAAACAACCAUUCACAUUCAUACCUAUGGACAAUUUGGAGUGGCUAAUUAACCUAGCAUGUUUUUGGAAUGUGGGAGGAAACCGGAGUACCCGGAGAAAACCCACGCAUGCACGGGGAGAACAUGCAAAAUCCACACAGAGAUGGCGUAGGGUGGAAUUGAACCCAGGUCUCCUAGCUGUGAGGUCUGCGCGCUAACCACUAGACCGCCGUGCCGGACUUACUUAUAUUGUUCGUAAUUGGGAAGCAAUUUGGGCACAAAACAAAGAAAAUACAACUGGAAUAGGUGCAUAUUCUGGAAGAUCUAGAACGCUUUCUGUGCUGUUAUUGUGUGUAGCUGCUCUAUAGGAGUCCACAACUCAAUACAAAGGGUGAAAAAAUGAGCAUAAUAGGUCAACUUUAAGUGACAAUAUACAGUAAACCUCGGAUAUAUCGGAUUCAAUUGUUCCCACUGGUUUUGUCCGAUAUAAGCGAAAUCUGUUACCGGAAAAUGUCCGUUUUACGCAUAUAUGGGAUUUAUAUCCGGUAUAUGCGUAAAUGGGAUUUUAUCCGUUAUAAAAAGGCACUUCCUUGACUAUGUUUCCAAUGUACCUGGACGCGCAGGCAACGCUGCAAACGCUGCAAAUGACGUCGUAUAGCGGCCUGUCACGAUUCGGCGAAUCGGAGCGCCACGAUGCGGCCAUCCGAUAUAUGCCAGGGAAAUUUCAUGGAAAUGCAUUGGAACGGGACUGGAGAUUUUGUCCGAAAUAGGCGAAAUCCAUUAUAAAAAAUCCGAUAUAUGCAAUGAAUUUUUAUUGGAAAUGCAUUACAGAAAAAUCGGUUCUUUUUUAUCUGUCCGUUGUGAGCGAAUUUCCGAUAUAUCCGAGGUUUACUGUAUAAUUGGUUUUAUUUUCAGAUAUGUAUUAAUCUAAUUUAAAUUUGUGUUUUUCCAGCUGCUUUUCUCUAAAGGGGGUAUAAAUACCCAGCUGUACUUGGUUCGUUAUUAGAAGAAGACUUUCUGUCUGAAAGGAGGCUUAUGAGCUACUACCAAAUUCCCAUCACCUUUACCCCGCAUGUGAAAAAAGCAUCUCCCCGCCUGAGAGCUUUGUUAGCUAACACGCCAGGA